AUGAUGUCCAACGCUAGAGAUAUUUUUCAUAUCACCCGUUGUUUAUUUCUGCCUGUGCAUCACUUGCCCCAUAAUCAUCUCUCUGCCAAGCGUCUCUUGCCCCCGUCAUCAUUGUUGUCGCCUCUCUACCCAUCAUCACUUGUCCCGUUGUUGUCGUCUCUCUGCCCGGCGUCACUUGAACCGUCGUUGUCCGUCUCUCUGCCCGGCGUCACUUGUACCGUCGUUGUCCGUCUCUCUGCCCGGCGUCACUUGUACCGUCAUUGUCCGUCUCUCUGCCCGGCGUCACUUGUACCGUUGUUGUCCGUCUCUCUUCCCCGGCGUCACUUGUACCGUCGUUGUCCGUCUCUCUUCGCCGGCGUCACUUGUACCGUCGUUGUCCGUCUCUCUGCCGGCGUCACUUGUACCGUCGUUGUCCGUCUCUCUGCCGGCGUCCACCUUGUACCGUCGUUGUCCGUCUCUCUUCCCAGCGUCACUUGCCGUCGUUGUCGUCUCUCUUCGGCGUCACCUUACCGUCGUUGUCCGUCUCUCUUCCCGGCGUCCGUACCGCGUCUCUUCCCGGCGUGUACCGUCGUUGUCCAUCUCUCUUGCCGGUGUCACGUACCGUCGUUGUCCAUCUCUCUUCCCGGCGUCUUGUACCGUCGUCUCUUCCCGGUGUCAGUUGUGCCCGUUGUCCCAUCUCUUCCCGGCGUCAGUUGUACCGUCGUUGUCCAUCUCUCUUCCCCCGUCAGUUGUACCGCGUCAUCUCUCUUCCCCGUCGUUGUCCAUCUCUCUUCCCCGGCGUCACUUGUACCGUCGUUGUCCAUCUCUCUUCCCCGGCGUCACUUGUACCGUCGUUGUCCAUCUCUCUUCCCCGGCGUCACUUGUACCGUCGUCGUCCGCCUCUCUGCCCGGCAUCACUUGUACCGUCGCCGUCCGUCUCUAUGCUCGGCGUCAUUGGUCCUGUUGCUGUUUCUCCCAAUCAUCAUUUCUUUGCCCUCACUUUUUCAGUUAAAUCCUUCCUCUUUCCUCAUUCUAGCCUACUCUGUCAAAUAUUGUUAG